UCAAUCUGCUCUUUCUUUCUUCUUCUUCUUCUUCUUCUUUUUCUUUUCAAUUCUUAUUUAGGAUAUUUUGUUGUUAAUGAAACAUUUAUUAAGUCAUACAAAAGUAAAUUGAUUCCUCAUUUGCUCAAGAAGUUUAUCAAAUUGACAUAAAAAAAUUGACCUUAAAAUAAAAUUUGAUAAGAAAAUAUUUGAAAUUGGUAAAUUAGUAAGGUGAUCCUUGUCAGCUCUUUCUUAUUCUUAUUUAACAUCAUUGAAACUAUGUAAAAUGAAGCUGUAAAAGAGAUUUUUAUUUUUUACUCAAUAUUAUAAACACAAAGUAGGCUUUCAAAUUGCACAAGAAGAGGCUAGAGCUGCUGGAUCAGUUGUAGGAAGAGCCUACCGUUUUAAUUUCUGGUUUUGUUCCAUCGUGAUGCCUCUUCGCAACAUCCUUUCUUGAGUAUUUCUACUUUAACUUUAUUGUUAUUUAUAGGUUUUGCUUCCAAUUGUUAAGAUAAAUUAUCACCGAAAAGAAAGAAAAAGUUUAGGUUUUUAUCAACAAACAAAGCGCUUUAUGGAACCAAGAUUGUUAAAGCAUGAAGGAAAUGUCACAUCCAUUUUUUAGGAUGACCGAAGAACCGAAUCAGUCUAUUUUUAGCAGACCACAUUCAUCUACCUUCAUUUCGUUGUGUUCUGAGCUUCUUAUUUAUCUGAGAUGAGUAAUCUGUUACGCUUUUUUCUGUGCAAUAGUUAGGUCCUUUUUCGCUUUGCUUUCAAUUCUCUUAUUGUCAAUUUAAACUUCUAAUUUUUGCAAGUUUCUGCAAUUCAUUCGUGUUCGGCUGUCUCUUCUUUUGUCCAGUUUGUAUAUUUCUAAAAGAGCCUUCAUUUAUUUGUGCUACUUUUUAAUUUGUGCUUGAAAUUCUGACAAGAAAGAGUAGUAAUGCUAAAUUUUGGGUAAUAUUACAUGCUUAACAAUCUAUGGAGAAGAAAAUGUACUCUGGGCAGGUGAAACGAUUCGUACAUAGGUAUAGAAUCAAGGUGCAUAUUACAGAGGAAUGACGAUGAUUUACGCGCAUGCCAUUGUCAAGGAACUAAGGGAGACGUAGGCGAGUGAGAGGACGAAGGAAUACGAGUAGAGAAUGUCACGGUCAUUGCUCUUAAUUUUUACUUCAGCAGUCGGAUUUUAUAUGUUAUCUCUUGAGGUUUGUGUGUGUGUUCAGUAUCUCAGACUUUGGCGAGUAUUGCUCCUUUAUUGGAUUUCAUUUUUUCCCCUUAGCUUCUUCGCAUUGAGGAGACGUCGACUUCCCAAAAAUGCAUUGCCCUCUUUUGAAUGACGCUUCAAAUCCGUUAACCUGCAAAGAUUGGUGUUCUCUCUUGAAUCAUCUCUUUCCAGCAGCUUUCGAUGUAUCUCCUUCUCUCAUCAGAUACAAUAGAAUUAGACUCAGUCCGCAUUUUGAUAUUGUGCUUUCUCGGGUGUUUUGUCGCAAUUUUAAAAAGAAACAGAUUACUCUUGUUGUGGCCUCCGCAACAGGCUUGGUUUUCCGGGUGAAGGCAUACUCAUCCUAUGCCGAAGCUUCAAUUAUGGCAAGGGUAAGCAAUGUUGAAUAUGAAUCUACGUUUGAAAAGUGCACCUGCAAAAGCUGUUAUAUGGGUGAACCAAGUUUUCAUCUAUUUGGAUUCAUAAUGUGUGUUGGUGCAACAGCUGCAAGAGCACUCAAGUCAGUGCUUCAGGGGAUUUUGCUGUUCUCCAAAGGGGAGAAGCUGAAUUCCAUGAACCUUCUACUCUAUAUGGCUCCUAUAGCAGUUGUAUUUCUAUUACCAGCAACACUUUCAAUGGAAGAAAAUGUAGUUGGCAUCACAUUGGCACUUGCAAGAGACAAUAGUAGAAUCAUCUGGCUUUUGCUAUUCAAUUCUGCUGUAGCAUAUUUUGUAAAUCUGACCAAUUUUAUGGUGACAAAACACAGGUAAUAUACAUUUGAUAAUGGAAUAAUGAUCAGAAGUAUAUGCUCUCAAUGACAGAAAAAAUUUAUAGUUUUGGGACUUCCAUAUUCACGAUAUGCUGCUAAAGAUAUCCCAAUCAUCAAGAGCAUAAUACAGAUAGGUUAAAGGAAUGAUGCAGAUACGUAUGGACAGAGGAAACUAUUUUUUGGAAUAAGGUCCCAUUUUGGGUGGACAGGCACAUCUACCAGAUUUUGGUUUCUUUAAAUGAAGUUUGAAACUUAAGGAGUGUAGUUAUUUGAUUAAGUUCCUCUUCAAUGUUCCUAAAGGAAAUUUACAUUUAUAGCUUGAUCAUGUCUGAUUGCAACAUCAUUCAAGACUAGCAAAAUUCGUAGUUUCUUUUUUGUGCAUUCAAGAUCAAUAAGUUCAUAAUUUCAUAAUUUCCAUU